GAGCAGCGACCGUCCAACUGCCCGUCCGCCCGCGAGCCCCCGAUUGCACGACAAGGCGCCUCUGCCCGGCCGACAGCAAAGCAACCUUCAGGACACCGGCAGGUACGUUGGUUAAAAGGAACAUCCGGCCAAGUUAAAUUUCAUCCCAGUGACUUGUUUGUAAGAGUUGACCUUAUUUUUGAUGCAUUUGCUCAUCACUUCAGUCAUUUAGUAAAACUGGAAACAACUGAAUCAGAACAACUGCAGAAAAAAAUUCUCCUGGAUAUAGCAGAUGUGGACUUGGCAAUGCCGCAGCCCAAUGUUAGCGGAAUGGAUCCUCCAUUUGGGGAUGCCUUUCGUAACCACACAUUUACAGACCAGGCCUUAACCAGUACAGAUUUGUUGGGGAAUAAUUCUGACCCUGACUUCAUGUAUGAACUGGACAGAGAGAUGACGUAUACUCACAAUUCAAGAGAAGAUCCUCUUGCUAUGGGAGACUGCAAAGACAUUGAAAGUGUAGAACCUCUAAAUGAACUGAUCAAUUCAGAUCCUUCCUAUACUUCAAACUGGGAGCAGUGGGACACAUACUGGGAAGACUUGACAAAAUAUACCAAAUUGACGAGCUGUGACAUCUGGGGAACUAAGGAAGUAGACUUUCUUGGACUGGAUGACUUUUCUAGCCCAUACCAAAAUGAAGAGAUUAUCAGCAAGACUCCAACUUUAGCCCAGUUGAACUGUGAAGAUUCUCAGCCUGUUUUGGAUUCGUUAUAUCAUCCUGAUUUACUAAAAAGUUUAAACCAGAAUCCAUUAACCUGUUCUAUGGCUGGUAAGAAACUCUCGACAAACAGAGCAAUGCCUCCAGUGACAUCUGCUAAAAGACCCUGUUUCGAAGCUUGCUUGCCUGAAACUAUACAAAAAGCAACAAAAUCUGUUUCUUCAAGUACAAAUGUGGACAACAGCAACAAAUCUCAGCCCCUUAAUAAUAACAAAAAAAUGGGGUCUGUUCAUGUGGAUAAUAAAGACUUUGUAAAAAAAGCUAAAGUCUGGAUCAGUCCAGCACCACCUGGCAAAUCAACGGUGAGCACGAGCCAGGUACACACUGAAUUACUAGAUAAUUCCUGCAGCAGUGACAAUGGCGCAGAAGCCAGGAUGCCGGAGAAAAGGAGUGCAGAAAAUCUAUACGGUGGUAAACCUCCCACCGUAUUCAAAGAGGCUGAUGUCCUGUACAGUCCAACGGAAGCAACCCAAAUGUUAUCACCCUCCAUCUCUGAUCACUCCCAGAAAAAGGAAGAGCACAAUUAUUCUCUAUUUGUUUCUGAUAGCCAAACGGAACAUUCUCCCAACAUUGAGCAAGAGGCAGAUGACGAGGAUGAUGAUGAGGAUGAUGAGGACCAUGAUGAAGGAUUCGGUAGUGAGCACGAGUACAGUGAUAAUGAGGAUGAAGAUGACGAUGAGGAAGAGGAGGACAAGGAGGACGAUGUCAGUGACACCUUCUCUGAACCAGGAUACGAUAAUGACACUGUAGAAGAUGUGAAAGAUGCAGUAACCGGCAUCUCUAGGAAAAGGAGCAAAAGAAGGUACUUUUGGGAAUACAGUGAACAGCUAAUACCACCACCUAAACAAGAUCGAAUGUUGAAGCCUUCUGAAUGGGAUCGAGACACUUUACCGAGUAACAUGUAUCAGAAAAAUGGUCUGCACCAUGGAAAAUAUUUAGUAAAGAAGUCCCGCAGAACAGAUGUGGAAGACUUGACUCCAAAUCCCAGAAAACUACUUCAGAUUGGGAAUGAACUUAGAAAACUGAAUAAGGUUAUUAGUGAUUUAACUCCAGUAAGUGAGCUGCCAAUAACUGCCAGACCAAGAUCCAGAAAAGAGAAGAACAAGCUAGCAUCCAGGGCUUGCCGACUAAAGAAAAAAGCUCAGUACGAGGCUAACAAAGUGAAGCUGUGGGGUCUCAACACAGAAUAUGAUCGUCUGCUCUAUGUGAUUAAUUCAAUCAAACAGGAAAUAGUGAAUCGAGUGCAGAGUCGAGGGGAAAAGGGAAGCAACAUGCUUGAAAAACUUGAAAAACUCCUAAAGGAAACACUUGGGACAGCAGUCGCUGGACAGACAUCUGACUUUGUCAAUCAAGUGUUGGAAAAAACAGGAGAAGGGGACCCAACAGGUGGUCUUGAUGGUCUUCGAGUACCCACAUCAAAAGUGUAACGUGCCACCGUCUGUCAAAAACAGCUUUAGCCUCUAGUUACAUGUUGGCCAUUUUUGUGAUAAAUGUUUGAUUCAUUACAGCAAGCAACCUUUUGUUAGUUGUAUUAGACCUGCUUUGAAGAGGAGAAAAAGAUCUCAUGUUAACGCAUUAGAGUUCUAUAAAACCAAUAAUCAAUAUAAGUAUGGUUGUGUAUGCUCAGGUACAGCAAAGUCAAUUUUAUUCACUUACAAUUUGAAGUGACCUAGAGAUUGAUACAUAGUGUAUGAGAUGCUGGUUGGAAGCUUAUGUUAAGUUUCAGUAGAAACACGGUUGAAGUGAUUGAAUCAAGAAAUCAAAAAAAUUAUAGUUUGUAGUUAUUUUUAAUGUUAAAACCUGUUGGCGAAUAUUUUUCUCGUUAACACCAUUACUAUAGUUCCCUUUGUAUAUACUAUAUUCUUAUAUCAUUAAGAAUGCGUUAAAUAUUUCAUAUAGUAAAUGACAUGGCCUUUUUCAGAGCAUUGCAUAAGUAUUUAAGUUUGAGAAAGGAGUAAUAUUCUUUGUGCCUUGUAUUUAAAAAAAUAAAAGAAUAGUUGUAAGGUGUAAUAGAUGUACAGUGAGUAAAUUUUAUGGAUUUAAAAGUAUUUGUUUAUUUUCACUCUUUGGCUGUUUAAAACCAUUAUGAAUGUAUAUAGGAACAUUUCAAUGAUGUAGAUAUAUGCCACAGAGUCUGUAUUGUAUAAAGAUGGAUAUUGAAACAAGGGUUUCGGUACUGUUCAGAAAUAUUUGCACACUAUUUUGAUUGUUUAUUUUGUACCAAAGACAAAUGCAAUUAUAUGGCAGAAUGCCAGUGAAGUAAAGUUUUGCACAGCUUACACUGAUACUGAAUUGAAUGUAAUAAGGGUUGGGGUUAGGGUUUUACUAGAACUGUGAAAUCUGUUGCGUGGGUCCAAAUAUCCACAGAAAGAGGAGUAUACUUUAUACUUUAUAAGUAUACAAGUAUACUUUAUAAGACUUUGCUAAUCCUAUAACUCUAUUGUUAAGCUUGUAGAAAAAUCAGAUAUUGAAAGAGUUCAUGAGCUCUUUAUUUUCUGCAAACGUAGGUGUAUAGCAAAAAGAAUGUAAUUCUUAUGUAGUUUUGUGUUAACAUUUCAGUAUAAUAUAGUGGCUUGCAAUUGCUACAUUACAAACGGGGGAAGCAUGUAUAUGGUAUACUCUUCAACCAAGGCAAAUAACCAAAAUUUAAUUUUUACAAUAUUUAUACUAUUGUAUAAAAUGUAUAUGGCCUACAUAUACUAAAAAUCCUAAGUUGCCACCUUUUGCAUUAAUUGCAUGUCAGAUUUUUAAAUGUUGAUCGGAUGUAAGAAGCUCUUCUAAAGCUAUAUAUUUUUGUAUUCUUCAAUUAGAUAACCUAAAUACAUAAUGUAAAGAGUAAAUAUGUGAAUACUGUUAAUCUUAUUUGCUGAUUGCUAUAGCUUAUGCAACUAAGAUAUUAUACAUAGACCAACUUAGUUUUUCGCUUUUGUUUUGUAGGCAUUGCUAGUAACUGGAUUGAAAAGUUAGUUAUGUCACUUUAGUGGGUCAUGGGUACAAAAGGUGCUUCACACAUAACUGACUUCAUUCAAAGCAAAGUACUACACAGCCAAGAGGUGUUGUAGGACUUCAGAAUCUAACCUUUACAUCCAUUCUGUAUACUACUGGCAAUCUAGAAGUGUAGUUUUGUUUAAGUAUUCCAUGUAAAUAAAGAGAUUGAGCUUAUUCAUUGAAAACAUUUUAUUUUAUGAAUAUUAGAAAAGCACUUUGUCACAUUGCAUUUGUGUUCCUCCCAUUUGCUGCUACUCUUGACCUGUAAGAAUGCUACAGUGAUACUUGAUUUAUACCUGUUAGUAAAAUGUAUAUUUCCUUGUGGGUAACAAGAUGAAAGCAAGCUGUGCAGCUUUACAUUUUACCAGGGGACUCUGUGGCAUUAAACAGUCUAGAAAUGGUUGUAAUUUGAUGCCAGUAAUAUCUUGCUUCCUUUUUCCAUGAAAUAUUUUAAUGUAUGUUAAUAUAUAAAAAAUAACCUUAUAAAAAGAGAAAUGUAUAAUGUUCUACUUGGAAUUUUGAUAUACUGAGCAUGUUGAGUGUUCCUGUAGUGAUUGGUUUAUCCUUGUCAUAAGCUUUGGAAGAACAGACUUUGAUGCUAUCUGUAGUCAGGAGAUAAGCUUGUAGCACUGAAAAGUACUUCUAUAAAUUGAAGACUGCUUACUCUCGUCUUUGGAUUUUAAAGUUGUUGUUUUUCAUAUCAAUAGGCUGCAUUAAUCACCCACCUGUUCUCAACAGCGUUUUUUUUAUUCAGGCACAAUUGCAACCAGUUUUACAACGCAGCCAAGCCUAGAUUUAGCAACCACCUUACACUAAACCACCAAAUUGGUAUUUGGUUCAAUCAAAAGAUUGACUCCCACCCCCCCACCACACACGCAUUGUGUGUUUUAUGUACUGGUAAGCCAAAACAAUGGAAAUCAAAAUUAAAAGCAAGCAGGUCCAUUGAGAAGUAGAAACCCGGCAGCAAAGCAACCAGAAGCUUCAAAGCAAACUUUAAGCCUUAAUAAAGUGGGUUAUCAAAUAUAACCUUUUACAUGUGCUAACAGAAUUAUGUUGACAGCUAAACUUGAAUUCAGCUAAGCUAAGUCUUAUGAUGGUUUAGGUGGUGAAUUGAAGUGUAAUAGAGAAUAAUUUUAGAGCUUAGGAUGAUGACUAAUGCUGCACAAAAUCACAUUGAUGUGAAAGCUGUUCAUUCUUUAAAUUUAUUUGGAUAUUUUAAGAUGAAAUAUCUCAGUGGUAUUCUGUGUAUGUAGUAUUAUGAUUGGCCAUAAAACGACUCAAAAUUC